GUCGAUUGGAAAAAUCCCGGAAGCAUUUGGUGCCCCGUCGAGAUUCGACGAUCGUGUUUUGUUUCCCUUUUUACUUUAACUCUCUUCACUCUUCUUCCUUCAUUCUCCUCAUUUUUUUCUGAUGGGAAGCCAUAGCAACGCGGAGAAAGAUGAAUCCGCCACCGAGACGGAUGCUACAACACGGCGGGGAUCUCUCUCUGUUACAGAGUCCAACACCGAUUGCGACGCAGACGUCUUGCCUCCUCCUCCUCCUCUUGCUAACGUGAGUCAAUUCGAAGAAGGAGAGAAAGUUUUAGCCAACCACAAAGGUCGUUUCUACGAAGCCAAGGUUCUUGAAAUUGCAUUUAAAGACAAUGAAUGGAACUAUUAUGUGCAUUACAUUGGUUGGAACAAAAGUUGGGACGAAUGGAUAGGUCAUGAUUGUGUGUUGAAACACACCGAGGAGAAUAUGAAGGAACAGGGUAUUAAGCAAGGGGUCAAGAGUGCUAUGGCUUGGAGAGUGUCCAAGGUGAAACCUAGAUGCCCUAAUGUUGCUAGAGGAAGAAAGCGGAAGCAAGAUUCUGUUGAUACACUAGUCUCUCCAAUGGAGGAGAAUUUGGUUGCUACAGACAACCUUUUAACUUUCAAUAUCCCGUCAGCGUUGAGGAAGCAACUCAUCGACGAUUAUGAAUUCGUUACUCAGAUGCAAAAGCUUGUGGAACUUCCUCGCUCGCCUAAUGUGGAUGAUAUCUUGAAGAAGUACACUGACAGCAAAAUGAAGAAAGAUGGCAGGGUAAGCAAUUCAGUAGAGGAGAUUCUGAAAGGUUUGCGUUGCUACUUUGACAAUGCUUUGCCGGUGAUGUUACUUUACAACAAUGAGCGGAAGCAGUAUGAGGAAAACAUAUCUGAGGGUGUAUCUCCCUCAACUGUGUACGGAGCAGAACAUUUGUUACGACUCUUUGUGAAAUUGCCGGAGUUGCUGAUCCGUGUGAAAAUGGCAGAAGAGACUUUGAAGGAAUUGCAGGACGAGUUUGUUGAUAUCCUAAGGUUCUUGAGGAAUAACCAGAGUUCGUUAUUUGUAUCAACAUACAAAGCGGUUGAAGAAAUGGAGAAGCAAGAAAAUGGAGGAUCUCGUUUCUAAAUGAUGAAGGGUGUCAUUGUAGUAAGUAUAUGCAGUGAACAUUGCCUCUGUUGUUUAGUGUGUAAUGUAACGAGAGAGCUUGUCCUAAGUUUCUACGUAUAGAUUCGGUCUGUAUUAUUAAAAUGAUGAACAUUGCUAAUUAUCGUCUCCUGCAUUCUCCUGUUCUCCCUUAAUUAUAAGGGUUUCUGUUGUUUGUGGUGCAAGGCAUGAAAGGGCUUUCUCGGCUUCAUGUUUGUUGUAAACAGAUCUUAUGAAAUACUCGUUUUAUGGUUUAAAUAUCAUUCUUUCUGUUGCAUGA